AACAAAACAUGGCCGGCAUUUGUUACGAUCGGAAGUGAAUGAUUAGGAAAACCAAGUUGUCAAUUGAUAUUUUCGGCUAGGGGCGAGGUUAGACCAUUUCAGAUUUUCUAUGGCGCGUCCUCCAGUUCCUAGCCAACAAAAGUUGGCCGAAAAGCUAUGCAUUAUCAACGACCGAGGGCAGGGAAUGCUCACCCGCAUCUACAACAUCAAGAAGGCCUGCGGCGAUGCAAAAUCGAAACCUGCUUUUCUGUCCGACAAGCAACUCGAGUCUUCGAUUAAACAUAUCGUCAGGCGAUUCCCGAACAUUGACAUCAAAGGGCUCCAGGGCAUUCACGGAAUUAAAAAUGACAUAAUCAAGUCCUUGUCUCUAUAUUACUACACUUUUGUCGACCUGCUGGACUUCAAGGACAAUGUCUGCGAUUUGCUCACGACCAUUGACAUCUGUCAAGUCCAUCUCGACAUUACCCUCAACCCUGAUCUGACCAAGGCGUACCUAGACAUUGUCGUCACAUACGUAUCCUUGAUGAUUUUGCUUUCUCGAGUCGAAGAUCGAAAGGCUGUUCUUGGUCUUUUCAAUGCAGCUCACGAAAUGGUCCACUCGGCCAGCGACCGAGACUUUCCACGUUUGGGUCAAAUGAUUAUGGACUACGAUCCUCCCCUGAGGAAACUGUCGGAAGAGUUCAUUCCUCAUUCCAAAACGCUGGCCACUGCUCUUGGCUCGCUGUGGACUCCUUUCGUAAGCAGGAACUUGUCUGCAGAAAAAUGGAGGGCUGACCAGAAACUCAGUCUCGUCAGCAACCCUGGCCAGCUUCUGAAACCGACUCAGACUGAGACGAUGUCAUGCGAGUAUUUGUCUCUGGAAGUCAUGGAGCGCUGGAUUAUUUAUGGAUACUCUUUGUGCCACCAAGCUUUGAAUCAAGAGCAGCCGAGCAAAAUGUGGAUUGGUGCUCUUGAAUCGGGAUGGGUCAUUUCUCUCUUCAGAGACGAAGUUCUGCACAUUCACUCUUAUGUGCAAAGCUUCUUUGAUGGUAUCAAGGGAUACGGCAAGAGAAUAUCAGAGAUCAAGGAAUGCUACACUCAAACAGUGCAGAAAGCUGCUCUGCGCCAUCGAGAGCGUCGCAAGUUUUUACGCACAGCCUUGAAAGAACUGGCCCUCAUUCUGACAGACCAACCAGGACUUUUGGGCCCAAAGUCUCUUCUUGUAUUCAUGGGUCUGUGCUGCUCCCGCGAUGAGGUAAUGUGGCUGCUGCGACACAACGACAACCCGCCUCAACACAAAGCCAAAGGAAAAUCAGCAGAGGACUUGGUUGACCGACAAUUGCCGGAGCUGCUUUUCCACAUGGAAGAGCUCAGAGUGCUGGUCCGCAAGUACAACCAGGUGAUGCAGCGUUACUAUGUCCAGUAUUUGUCAGGUUACGAUGCCGUAGCCCUGAAUCAAAUGAUCAGCAUGCUGGUCACCAUGUCGGAGGAUGAGAGUGUCAUCCUUGCCUCUAUCCAGAGCUCAAUUGCGCAGUUAUCUGUGAAACAAGUGGAGGAAGGAGAAUUGUUCGACUUCCGAGCGCUCAGAAUGGAUUGGAUGCGUCUUCAGGCUUACACAUCUGUUGCAAAAUCCCCACUUGUGCUUGCCGAGCACAGAGAACUGGCCAUAUCUUUGGAUACAAUUUCAUUCCACACAAAGAUGGUCGACUAUCUAGAUGAAAUGAUGGUAGAAACGUCUGACCUAUCCAUAUUUUGCUUCUACAGCAAAAUAUUUGAAGACCAAUUCCACAUGUGUUUGGAAUUCCCGGCUCAAAAUCGAUUUAUAGUGGCUUUUCCUCUCAUCUGUGGCCACUUCCAGAGCUGCACUCACGAGCUGUGUCCUGAAGAGAGACACCAUCUGAGGGAGAGAAGUCUGUCGGUUGUCAACAUGUUUUUGGACGAGAUGGCCAAAGAGGCAAAGAACAUAAUCACAACCAUUUGUGACGAGCAGUGCACAAUGAGCGACAAGUUGCUGCCAAAGCAUUGCGCUCUUAUAAUUGCUCAGGCUGCGAACCGCAAGAAAAAAGACAAGAACAAGAAAGCACUUCCAGAAAUUUACAAACCAGGCAACGAAAGCUUCCGUAAAAAUCGCGAAGACCUGACCACGAUGGACAAACUGCACAUGGCCCUGACUGAAUUGUGCUUUGCAAUAAACUACUGCUCUACGAUCCAUGUCUGGGAGUAUUCGUUUGCUCCACGAGAGUAUUUGCACCAACAUUUGGAAAAUAGGUUUGCCCGUGCCCUUGUCGGAAUGGUCAUGUACAAUCCAGACACAAGUGAAAUCGCCAAGCCCUCCGAGCUCCUAGUCAGUGUCAGGGCAUACAUGAAUGUGCUCCAAACUGUUGAGAACUAUGUUCACAUCGACAUCACAAGGGUAUUCAACAACUGCCUCCUGCAACAAACUCAGCAGGUUGACAGUCAUGGAGAAAAGACCAUCGCUGCUUUGUACACUCAGUGGUAUUCGGAAGUGCUGUUGAGAAGAGUAAGCGCUGGCAAUAUAUGCUUCUCAAACAACCAAAGAUCCUUUGUGAGUUUGACCGCAGAAGGAACAAUUCCAUUCAACGCUGAAGAAUUUUCCGAUAUCAACGAACUGCGAGCUUUAGCAGAAUUGGUUGGUCCGUAUGGAAUGAAGCACCUCAACGAAACUCUCAUGUGGCACAUUGCCAGUCAGGUUCAUGAACUGAAGAAACUGGUUGCUGCAAACAAAGAGGUGCUCAUUGCACUGAGGACCAACUUUGACAAACCUGAAAUCAUGAAGGAGCAGUUCAAACGACUGCAAAAUGUGGACAACGUUUUGACAAGAAUGACCAUCGUUGGAGUUAUUCUGAGCUUCAGACGACUAGCCCAGUCGGCACUUGUUGACGUUCUCGAGGAAAGAAUUCCUUUCCUGCUGAGCUCUGUUUUGGACUUCAAGCACAAUCUAUCGCAAAGUGACCCUCCAAUGAUUGAGCCUGUUAAGCACCAGAUUGUUAAUGAGAUGGCAACUGCUGCUGGUCUUCUGUGCAAAGUUGAUCCAACUUUGGUCAAUACCUUACGAAACCAGAAAGGUGAGCCUGACGAAGAUGAGCAACUACUUGCUUGCUUACUGAUGGUCUUCGUCGCCGUCUCCAUACCAAAACUGUCGAGAAGUGAAAACUCCUUCUACCGUGCUUCCUACGAGGGCCAUGCUAACAACAUCCACUGCAUAGCAACUGCAGUGAAUAACGUGUUUGGCGCAUUAUUCACAAUUUGCGGCCAAGGCGACAUUGAGGAUCGCAUGAAGGAGUUUUUGGCUCUCGCUUCGUCAAGUUUGUUGAGGCUCGGCCAAGAAGCUGACAGAGAAUUGACAAAGAACAGAGAAUCUGUGUAUUUGCUUCUUGAUUUGAUUGUCCAAGAGUCUCCCUUCCUUACGAUGGAUUUGCUGGAGUCGUGCUUCCCAUAUGCACUCAUUAGAAAUGCUUAUCACGCCGUUUACAAGGCAGAAUAUUCUCAGGCAUAAAUAGCUGGCCAUUGAAAUCAUCGAUAUGUAUCAUAUUUAUAAUAAUGAAGUCAAAAAGUUCAGUUAGAGAAAGUGCAUUUUUAUAUUGUUAAGUUAUAUUAUUUUAAUUAAAUUAUUUCAAUGAGCUUAAUUGAGUUUUGGAGAUAUGAUAAAUAAUAAUAAUAUCAGGUGGUGCUUCUUGAAAAUUAAUUUCGUGCACAGUUCGGCUCAAUGCCUCUGCAUUUCUUUGUUCUUUGAGAGAAUGUGAAUUCCACUGUAAAAAUGUCAUUUCAUAUGGAUUUUGAAUAAAAUAGUUAAUUAAUAGUAAGA